UGCACUUUGAACCUGUUCCUCAGAUUUCUAAUCGUCACAUGUACUUUCCUGGGCUUUGCCUGGCACUGUGUUGAAUUUGGUUUGUGGGCAUGUGAUUUUGCCUCUUUAUAGUUUUACAAAUUUUGUGUAAUCUACCUCAAAAGAGUAAUUUUCCAGUAAUGCAUUGGUUAACUAUAAUGCUGGCAUUUCUUGUUCAGUAACUUAAAAGACUAUCCUGUCUCUCAAUUUAGAGACUAGUUAUCCAGGUUAGAUUGACCGGUUCACUGCUUCUUAGCAACCUCAUGAAAGGAUUUGAGAAAUAAAUGUGAAUACUCAGUCCACCUGGUGUGUGCCUGGCGUUGAGAAGAGGAGCCCGGACAGACUGUAGACACCCACGCUGUGCAAGCUACAGAAUCACAGAAGCCUCCUAGUAUUCAGGUUUAAAACUGCAAUGACCAAGGACCUCAGGCCCAGAUCUGGAGAGUGGAAGAGUGUGAGUAGAUGUGGAAGGAGAGACAGAUGCCCUCUUCUGUUCUGCAGUGUGAGUGUGCACAAGUUAUGGCGCUCGAUGGAGGCUAUGAAAUCCAUCAAUAAAUAAGUGUUGUUGAAUAAUCUAUGACAGGUAAUUGAUAGUGUAAUGAAUGGACCCUUAAUAAUUGAUACCUAGAAACAGACUGCCUUUGUCAGCUAAGCUUUGGGUGUUUUUGUGUGGAGCGUAGCAGUGUGCUUUGUAUGUUAUUUUUCUAUCAAAUAGCAUUAUGGAUAAUGGGGAAAUGGGGAAAACGCCUGUGCCGAGCACGGACAGUGUGAGAGUCGCGGUGCGCGUGCGGCCUUUCAGCCAGAGAGAGAAGAGCUCUGGAAGCCAAUGUGUGAUUUCCAUGCAGUCCCAAAGCACCACCAUCCGAGACCCUAAGAACAGAGAGCAUCUGAAGACCUUCACCUUUGACCUGGCCUAUUGGUCUCAUGAUGACUUUCAAAAGGACAAAGAUGGUGUCCUUAUUCCAUCCAAUCCAACCAGUAAAUUCGCAGGUCAGCUCCAAGUCUUCCAUGAUAUUGGGAGGGGAAUUCUAGACAGUGCCUGGCGAGGCUACAAUGCUACUCUCCUGGCCUACGGCCAGACCGGCUCUGGAAAAAGCUACUCCAUGAUUGGCUUUGGCACAAACAAGGGUAUUAUUCCAAGAGUGUGUGAAGAGCUCUUCCAAGCUAUUAAGAUGCAGAAGAAAAACCUAGAACUCCAGGUCAUGUUUAGCAUGCUGGAAAUCUACAAUGAACAGAUAAGAGAUUUGCUGUCCAGAACCAAGAUUCCUGGAGGGUUAAGAGUCAGGGAAGAUCAACAGCUGGGGUUUUUUGUGGAAGGGCUAAAGUGGGUGCCUUGUGAGAAUUAUGCACAAAUUGAGAAGCUGAUGGAGCAAGCAUCAAAAACCAGGAUGACAGCUUCGACCAACAUGAAUGCCAGCAGCAGCCGGUCCCACAUGGUCAUCACCAUCCAGUUUAAGCAGGUUUUCCUGGACACGGCUCUCACCAGACAAUCCAGCAUCAACAUGGCAGACUUGGCAGGAAGCGAGAGGCAGAAAUCAUCGGGGGCUGAAGGAGACCGGUUGAGGGAAGGAUCCAGGGUCAAUUUAAGCCUGACCAGUUUAGGGAAUGUCAUCAGUGCUCUGGCUGACUCAGCCAUGGGGAAGAAAGUCCUGCACAUUCCCUACAGAGAUUCUGUUCUGACCAAACUGCUCCAGUCGGCUCUGGGAGGGAACAGCCGGACAACACUGAUUGCAGCCAUAAGCCCAGCUGAUAUCUGCUAUGAGGAAACCUUGUCGACCCUGAGAUACGCUGAGAGGGCUAAAAGGGUUCAGAACAGAGCUACGGUCAACACGUGCACACUGGUGAGAGCGUCCAGGGCUGAGAACAAGCAGCUGCUCAGAUUCGGGGACGCCGGAGCAGAAGAGCACUCGGCUUGUUUCCUGGCAGAAUGGCAGCUGGGCACUCGAACCUGGGCCCACCUGCUGGAGCAGGCGCGGAAGGAAUGGGAGGAGCAGUACGCGGCGCUCUCGCAGGAGCAGCAGAUGGUGAAGGCGCUUCCACACCUUCUCAAUGUCAAUGAGGACCCACAGCUCACAGGUGUUCUCAAGUUCUUCAUUCACAACGGCUCCUGUGAUGCUGGUCGGGCUGCUUCAAAUGCUAUCCGUCUUCGAGGCUUGGGGAUUUCAGGUAAACAUGCUUCUUUUGUGAAUCUGGAUGGUAAAGUGACAGUCACACCACACGGCGAGUGCAAGGUGAUUGUUAACGGGGUCCCUGUCACCAGCAGGACAAAACUGCAGCACUUGGACCGCAUCAUCUUGGGAUCCAACAGUGCCUUCCUCUACAUCGGGUUUCCCUCAGAGCGAGGUGAUGAAGAUUUGAGUAGAUACGAUUAUGACUUUUUCCAGCUAGAACGGGCAGCUGCUGAGGGAGUGAGCGUGGACAUGCUUGGUACUGGGAGCCCCGGAGAUGGCCAAGCUGAUCCCAGCGUCUUAGCUGUCUUCCAGGACUACAUCAAACUCAUGCCGUUGGUUGUGGAGGCAAAUCAGAUGAGCGAGGAGCUAAAGAAGGGACUUAAAAUGGAAUUGAAGGUGAAGAACUUGGCAUCAUCAGAUUCCAGGGGCUUCGACCUCCAGAAAGAGGUCAUGGUGAAGGUGACCAAACCAAGGACUCAUGAGGUAUGGAUUUGGUCAAAAGCCAAGUUUAUCAAUAGGAAAUUCCUGAUGGAGGAACUUUACCAGCACUUUCUAGAGAGUGAAGACAGCCAGGUGGCUCAGGAAGAUGACCCUUUCUGGGACCCUGUGGAGGCUGUCCACUUGGGCUCAGCACACAUUUGGCUGCAGUCCCUGGCUUACCACAUGAUGCUGGAGGAGCAGGUGGAGUUUCUGAACUAUGAUGGGCUGGAGGAGGCAGUAUUACACAUCCGCAUCACUCCCUGCUCCCCGGAGGGAUGGGCCCGUGGGGAGGAAGAUAUGGUUAUUGACCCUCUGGAGCUACUGGGCAAGAGGCUUGACUUCCAGAUUCACAUUGUCAGAUGCCUUGGUGUCAAAUGGCUAAAGGAAGAUGCAAGCCGGGGCAUCCAGCUGGGGUACAGAAUCUAUGAUCUCCCAAACACUCUGUAUACGAAGCCUGUGUGGAAGAGCGUGAACCCCAGGGUGGAAGAGACUGUCCACGUCGUGGCCUUGAGUGCCUCUCGCAAGUUCCUGGACUACUUACUGACAAAUGCCCUGGUCGUUGACUUGUGGGGCCUCCAAGAAGGCUGUGCUGAAUUUGGCUUCUCUCAGCUGGACAGCCUGCUCCCAGGUGAAGGCCACAUUGUGGUAGAUACCGAGAAAUUGUCCAGUGUGAAGACUGUGAGCCAGAUCAUGUCAAACCAGGUACCAGAAAUUUAUCAGAAACUGCUCACAUUAGAGCAGGAAACGGAGCUGCUCAGAGACAUUAACCGAGCCCUCAGAGAAGAAAACGUGUUUCUCAAGGCAUCGCUGGAAAAAACUGGCUCUGCUCAACACGCCCGGAGGGCAGAUAACCCAGAGGGAGCUGAGGUGAGAGUCCAGCUGCCGGCAGUCAGAGAGGCUAAGCAGAUGUGUGUUCAGCAAGCCGGCUGCGAUGCACAGCUGGCCAGAGCCCUGAAGGUGUUCUAUGGAGGCAUGAGCAUGGCCAGACGACAGCUGCUCAGACUGCGGCAGUGCAGACCCCCCGAAGACGAUAAAAUGCUUCGACCUUUUGUGCACCAACAGUCACAGAUGCUAAAGGAUUUGGAGGACCUGCUUGAAUCCAGCUUACGGAGGCUGAAAAAUGAUGUUGCUUUCAUAGUGAAGAAGAAGAAAGAAUAUCUAAUGCAGAGCCAACAGUGAGGACGAGCAAUGUUGCUUUCAUAGUGAAGGAGAAGAAAGAGUAUUUACUGCGCAGCCAGCAGUGAGGACAAGCAAACUGCAAAGACGCUCUGAGUUCCUGAGCUUCACAGACUCAUGGAAAUCCAUCUGCCAUUUUUAGGUAAGAUACCUCCACUUGCCUCUUUUCUGAUAAGGACUUGCUAUGUGGACCAGAUUGGCCUGUCUUGCCUCUGUACACCCUAAGCCCCUCCUGGCCCAAUAUGGGGAAUCACAGACCUGUGCUACCACCACGCUGGACCUUAACUAGAUUUAAAAAUUCUAUAAAAAUCAAUACAUAUACAGAUGGAGAGAGAUGUCUGUGGUAGAUGUUCAGAAACUGAGGCUCUGGGUUUGAGUGCCCACAGUUCAAUCCUGGCUAAACCUAUCACUUCCAUGUUGUACAGCAUGGGGCCACUCACUCACCCUCCUUCUAAGGCCUCUUUCCGCAUUCAUUCUCUGGGAUGGUUAACGAUUGCCAACGUUUAUAUUAGUGCUUUCCUGGGAAGUAGCUCACAAUCUUUUUUUCCUUUUUAAAAAAUAAUUUUUAUAGGUAUCUAUGUAUGUGUGUCUGUACACGCGUGUGGUACCUUUUUAGACUAGAAGAGGGAGUUGGAUCAUCUGGAGCUAGAAUUACUGGCAGCCCCACCCUGGGUACCGGGCACUGAUCUUGGGUCUUCUGCGAGACCAUUACAUGCUUUUAAGCGCUGAGCCACUUCUCCACUCUGUUUUCUUUUUAUUUUUCCGAGAUAGGGUUUCAUCUUAACCCAGGCUGCCCUGGCCAUUCCACCCUUUAAACAAAGCCUGUCCCAUUAGUUGUUUGCUCUGUUGUCAGAACAGACAAUGCUUAGUUCACAUUGAUUCUGUACUCCUGCUCGGACCAAGUCCACCCAUCUACAAGUUGCCUCCAUUUGUUUUCUAUUCAUCUGAAAUACAACCAGUUGGCUCAGCAGCAGGAGUGCAGUACGAGGUGCAGAGCUGACUGUUGGCAAACUCCCUCCAGCAGACAGUCCGUCCUAAGAGGACACUGAUUCCAUCAAUGGUUGGCGAGUCUUACAUACUGACAGACACCAAGUACUCUAGGAAGAAUGUAUAAGGAAACCUUUCAGGGCCAGGGGGGACAUCUAGUAACAAAGUGACAAGAAUAGUUAACCCUUGGGGCUGGAGAGGUGGCUCAAUUGUUUAGAACACUAUCUGCUCUUCCAAAAGACCUAGGCAGCUCACAACUGUCUGUAACUCAAGUUAAAGGGGAUCCAACAACACACGCAGGCAAAAUAGCAAUGCACAUAAAAAUCUUAAAAAUUUAAAAAAAGUUUUAAAAAUAAUGAGCUGUAACACAUUUACCAGGUACCAGACUCAUUUAAUCAAUAAUUCCAAACAUUUGUUAACUUGUUCAGUUCUCACAAUUUUCACUUAAUGUAUGUAGUACUUCCUUGAAGGUUCCUAAAAAACCAGAAUUAUCUUAUGAUCAAGCAAUCCCAUUACUGCGUGUAUACUCAAAGGGGCUGAAAUAAGCAUGUUGAAGCUAGCCUACUUCAUGUUCACCGCAGCGUUAUUCUCCAGCUGAGCUAGGGCUUAGGUGCCCACCAAUGCACAGCCAGAAUUUUAAAUAUGGCAUGUGUGUAUUUGUGCACACAAAUGCUACUCCACCUUAAGAAAAACAAGAUUGUUUAACUAAAUUGAUAUGGUACUAAACUGCCUUGUAAAUAUUCCUAUUUAUACCUUUACACAAAUGAGAAUCCCAGACAGAGAAGCUUCUCUUAGCAGUGAGUGGCUGUGAAUGCAGAGAAUCAUGGCUGGCCAAAGAGCUGACGCUAAGUGACAAUGAAAUGCUCAUCCCUAGACAUAAUUUAUACCACUCCCCUCUAAAGCUCAGGAACACAGUGGAAGAGGGGGCUGGAAGAGAGGAACAAUGACAGUGGGUGCUUUUUCUGGGCAUGACAGCCACUGCAACCCUGGUCAUAGCUCUGGCUGCCGGCACUGGGCCUGGCAGCCAUCAGUCACAGACUGGGGAGGUGCUCCCUGCUGAACUACUGACUGCGCAGACUCGGGCCAGUCACUGUCUUCAGCUGUGGACUCACUGAGAAGCCCCUGGGCUCCAAUCCAAAACCCUGGGUGCCCAGAAGGCCAUGGUCACAGAACAAAACGGAAAGUGUGAGUGAGGGGAAGGGAUUGGAAGGGCUGAUGGGGUUGAAGAGGUGGGUGAGAGAAACCAGAAUGUAUUAUAUACUUGUAUGAAAUUGUUAAAGAACAAAUAAGUUUUCUUUAAAAGUGGAAAAUUCUAAUUUGUGACAACACAGCUAAGCUUAGAGGACAUUGUGUUAAGUGACUAAUCAAACUAUAUAGAGAAAGCCAUUAUAUAAUUUCGUAUCUACAAAAAAUAACUAUAGAACGGACAAUGGGAUGGUGUCCGCCAGGAGCCUGAGGACGGUGUUGAACGAGGAAAGGAGUCCUGCCGUGGGUCUGUGUGUUCUGUCCCAGACUAACUGACCAUAAUUAACAGUGUUUAACUAAAGGGGGUUUUGUGUUCUCAUCACAAAGAAAUGGUAAAUAAUCUGAGGUGAUGGAUGCUAUUACUUUUCUUUGCUUAUUCUAUAAUGUGUGCAUGUAUUUAAAUGCCUCUUAUCCCCUUGAGACAGGGUCUUACUAUACAGCCCUGGUUGUCCUGAAACUUGCUCUGUAGACCAGGCUGGCCUCAAACUCAGAGCUCUGCCUGCCUCCGCCUCCUGAGUUCUGGAAUUAAAGGUGUGCGCGCCACCACCCAGCCAUCAUCCCCAAUCUCUGAGCACAUGUAUCUCGUGGUUAUUACGAGAGGAAAUGCUCUUUUUCUUUAGCGUUUCAGUGCCAAC